AUGCCUAUUGGCAACAUUUACGUGAUCGCCGGUGUCUCCGUCGUAGGCGGUGCACUCUUCGGUUUCGACAUUUCCUCUAUCUCUGCUCAAUUGGGCGAGAACUCUUAUAAAUGUUACUUUAACCAAGGACCUAAAGGACCGCCAUUUGAUGAUGAUGAGGAUUGCAGUGGACCUACCUCGCUCAAUCAGGGUGGUAUAACGGCGAGUAUGGCUGCUGGUUCGUGGCUGGGUGCUUUGGUAUCAGGCAUUAUCAGUGAUCGCCUUGGAAGGAAGUACUCUAUCAUGGUUGGCUGUAUCAUCUGGAUCAUUGGGUCUAUCAUCUCCUGCGCCUCUCAAAACAUCGGCAUGCUCGUUGUCGGCCGCAUCAUAAACGGCUUCGCAGUCGGCAUCGAAUCCGCCCAAGUCCCCGUCUACAUCGCCGAGAUCUCACCCCCCUCCAAGCGCGGCCGCUUCAUCGGCAUGCAGCAAUGGGCCAUAACAUGGGGCAUCCUGAUAAUGUACUACAUCUCCUACGGGUGCGCCAUGAUCGGCGGCCGUCACUCCUCCGACUACUCCACCGCUGCAUUCCGUGUGCCCUGGGGUCUUCAGAUGGUUCCUGGCGUGUUCCUCUUCUUCAUGAUGAUGUUGCUGCCGGAGUCUCCUCGUUGGCUUGCGAGGAAGGAUCGUUGGGACGAGUGUCAUGGUGUACUUACCCUUGUGCAUGGGCAUGGAGAUCCUGAUCACCCGUUUGUAGCGCUGGAGUUGCAGGAUAUCAAGGAUAUGUGCGCUUUUGAAGCGUCGAUUGCUGAUGUAACAUACCUUGAUCUGUUCAAGCCGAACAUGAUCAACAGGACUGUCAUUGGCAUCUUUACUCAGAUUUGGUCUCAGCUUACUGGCAUGAACGUCAUGAGAUACAAGGGCAACGCAAACCUUCUCGCUUCAUCUAUCCAGUACAUCAUCAACGUCUUGAUGACCAUCCCCGCCCUUCUCUGGAUGGAUAAAUGGGGACGGCGCCCAACAUUCCUCAUCGGUGCUACUCUCAUGUGCACAUGGAUGUUCGCCAACGCCGGUAUCUUGGCUGCUCACGGCACUGAGAUCCCCAAGGAUGAGCGUGACUCUCCUCAAGUCUCCAUGAGUGUCGGUGGAAGUGCUGCAAAGGGUCUUAUCGCCUGCACAUAUCUCUUCGUCGCUUCUUACGCACCAACAUGGGGUCCAGCCUCAUGGACAUAUCCCCCUGAGCUCUUCCCUCUUCGUCUUCGAGGAAAGGGUGUCGCCUUCGCUACCUCAUCCAACUGGGCUUUCAACACUGCCCUCGGACUCUUCACACCUGUUGCAUUUGAGAACAUCACCUGGAAGAGCUACAUCAUCUUUGGUGUCUUCAACGUUGCCAUGUUCAUCCACGUUUUCUUCAUGUUCCCCGAGACAGCUGGAAAGACACUUGAAGAGACUGCGGAUAUGUUCGAGGAUCCUAAUGGUAUCAAGUACAUCGGUACUCCAGCUUGGAAGACUCAUGUCGCUACUCAUCUUACUACCAAGGCCGAGAAGGGUGAUGUCGAGGCCAAGCUUGGUGCUGCUCAUGAGGAAGAUGCUCAGCAUGCGAUGACUGAGAAGUAA